CCUACAGGGUGGCCCAGAAAGGUUUUCCCUUGCACAAUAGAAUUCUAUUGUGUAUCAAUUGUGUAAGGAAAAUCAUUCUGUGCCACCAUGUAGAACAUGAACUUGUCACCCUGUUCAAAGACAUCGGAGCGAAAGUGAAAAACGAGCACAUUUCUCUUUUCCUCUCUGACGGUAAACCGGAUUAAUCAUUCCCAUGGCCUAAUCCUUACUCAUAAAUGAGAUGCAAAACUUGGGGAGGCAAAAUUAUCUUUCAGCCAAUCAAUGCCCUUACUUCCACCCCUGAUAGUGAUGAAUGAGCUCUUCCCAGCGUACAUAGUGCAUUACUCGCGUACACACUAUGGUGGUAAGAGCCUUUCUGUCGGUAACCAAAAUCAUGGAAUAUCGUCGUAUUUUGUGGAAUAAUGUCGAUUUCUAGUCAUGAAUGGGAAUAACAAUAACUAUUUGAAGAUGGCAACAUUAAGUUCGAAGCAGAUUAUUGCUGAUUAUGUGAAUCAUAGACUUGCAAAGGAUGGAUACGAGUGGCAAAAUUGCCCUCCUCUUCCCCCUGUCAACAGGGUGAAUCGAACGCUGAGGCUCGUGGGGGACGAAUUUGAGCAACGUUAUCGGGAGGUUUUUAACGAAAUGUGCAGUCAACUUCAUAUAACACCUACUACAGCUUAUCCUACGUUUAUUGCUGUAGUGAAUGAACUAUUUAGUGACGGAAUAAAAUGGGGCCGAGUGGUUGCAUUGCACGCAUUUGGAGGUGCUCUUGCAGCUCAAUGCAUUGAAAAGGAAAUGCCCGACAUCGUCGAUAAUAUCGUAGACUGGGUUGCUACAUAUGUAGAACAACAGCUAAAUUCAUGGAUUAUUGAAAAUGGAGAUUGGGAUGGUUUUGUCAAAUUUUACGAAAAUGGACCAGAUCGUGAAAAAAAGGAUGCGUGGCCUAAUCUAAGAAAUAUCUGGGGUUAUGCUGCCGGGGCAUUGGGUGUACUGACUAUUGGAGCUAUUAUGUCCCAACGAUCCUGAGGCGGGAACCUUUUAGGGGCGGUGUUAUAAAAAAUUAAUUGGCGAGACAACGUCGCACCAAUCAACCUGGACAAGCUGUUCUGGAACAGCUUCUACAUGUAUGUGGAGUACCAAAAAUGUUGUGAUGUUCGGCCCUAGCCGCCUGCCAUUCAGGUGGGGGAGAUCCCAAAUCCAUAACAGCAGAGAGCGCUGUCGUGCAGGUGUCAUUUUGGUGCUCCUGCGACCAGUGCUGAGGCUAGACGCAACAACGCUGAUGUACAAGGAGUACCUCUGUAUAACUCUACACGGAAUUUCAUCAACGUCUUUUGUGAAUUCCGCCAGAACUGCAUGUUGACUCAACAUUUCCAAUUGCUAUCCUUGGAUUAAUCACAAUGUCAUCAAAAUAUACUGAACUUUGGCGGAGCAAUUUUAUUUUCAAGAAAAAAGCCGUAAAAAGGCGACCAAUACAAAUUUAUUCUUCUUAGUUCAUUUUCCUAUUGCUGUGUCAUCUCCAUGUCAACAAUCCCAAAUUCUACCCUGGGACAGACUUCUCACAUACUGGCUAAAUCAAUUACGCUUGCAACUGCCUCCCUAUAUCAGCUGAUGUCAUGUGUCAUUGGUGUAAAUAUAGACUAAGUGUCGUCUUUGUGAUGCCAGGCUGCGAAAAAUGUGAAAUCGAACAUCUGGAUCCAUCUUUCAAAUCUUUGAAUCGCCACACUUUUGCAGGAGGCUCCCCUGCUGAUGACGAAAGGAAUAAAUACUAUAGAUACACAUUCGUAAAGUAGGAAGCGGGGUAAAAAGCUUCCAUUAUCGAACAACACAGUGUCAAACAUGUCAAAUGUACAAGUGACCAUCCUGUGAAACUUUGUCACCACCUUGCUGCAUUAGUGUAAACUCCUUUACUGUGGGGGACCCUGCAUAUGUCACGAAAACAUCCAUUUCAGAAAUUGCUUCCAUUUGUUUCUGUGCAUUUUUCAAUUAUAAGACCACAAGUUAAUACAUUUUCGCAACAAUCUUUUAAAGAUUGCGAUUGUGCAUACCCGAAAAUAUAAGGCUUUUAAAAAUAAAGGGGUUUAUACCAUGUGAUGGGUAUGGUUGUCUGCUUGGUUAACUGGGGACUGUUAGGGUGUUGGAAUUGCUUGACAACCUACAGUCAGCUGUGUAAGAAAUAAUUGGACUACACUGUAAGCUUCAUUAUCACUGCCCUGCUGCUGAUUGUAGUGAUGUACAUUGGCCGCGCUAUACUAUAGUAAGCAGUGAUGGUUUAUUCAUUGACCUUGCAGUUAUGGCAAUCGAUAAAAAUUGUUGCGACCAACUCGGCAGGUGUUCAAAUUAUGGAAAGGGUCAUAAUGGUGCAUUUGAGUUAUCCAGGAUGGUGCACUUAAGGAAAAAUCAAUCAGCAAUGCAAAGUGUAUUUCUCAGUGAUAUAUUGGGGUGCACUGAUGGACACUCGUGACCUCGUGCAUAUUCUGUCCAUUCAAAGUCAAGUUCCAAUUUACUAAAUGAACAGCCCAAAUGUUGAAAUCGCCUUGCUAGAACUCUGCUCAUGGAUAGGAUAAAGUCAAACAUUAGCACUGUAGUGUAAACAUGGUAUAGCUUCAGCAUCUGAACAUUGAAGGUAUAAACAGGCAAGGAAGAAGUAUAACAGGGUGUCCCAAAAAUGUUACAUGAAUAUGAAUAUUUGACAUCCCAGGCACCAAUUUCUCCGGAAAGAUUAUCUCAGAGUGGUUAUGGUCAAAACUAUUUUGUAAUUCAGAGUUAUUUUUGGGGCAUCCUAUAGUGUCGAGGGUAUUUUAGGGCUGAGAGUCUUCCUGUGAUGAAAAUGAUUGAUUCUUAGCGGUGAAGAACCCCAGCGGAGCCCCAAUAUCCUUGUUAUAUUCAUGUUUUCUUCCAGAAAUGUUGCAGCUCCGAACACCUCCCGCAACACCAUCACAAUUUUUACAUCCAUUACUGUAGACAUUGGCGUUUACCAUACUUUGAUCUCUGACAACAAUCGCAAGAACAACAACAGAGACAGGGAACCCGCAGAAAUCCUUCGUUUUAUGUCUACAUGGUUUAUACGAUUUUAUUCUUAUACAUAGGUGCUUUUUUGGGCAUCAUAGGUUCACUUAGGUAGAUUUCACUCUUUUGGUGUGCCGGUGUGAAAUGAUUAGGAUAUUUAUUGUUAUAAUGGGAGGUUUGGAGCUGCAGCAACACGCAUGACACUUGAAAAGAUAUGGAAACUGCAACUCUGAGGACAGUUCCAUUGAGUCGGUUCAUAUGGCUCUCGACAAAAGGUUGACAAUUUGGCAUGAGGCUUGGUGUCAUCAGUGCAACACUACCUCUGCUAUGUCACCUGCUUUGCUUCAGCAUGUCUGAAGUUGAUAUCCCUGAUUACAUAAAGCAGCGAAUUAUUUUCCUUCAAAUCAUUUGGUUAUGAAGAGUCCAUAAAAAAGGGUGAUACUCGGUAAGUUUAUCCCAUAUCAAUAUCAUUGAACUAUUUCAAUUUAAAGUAAGGAAUUGUCUUGCACAAACAUCUGGCUACCUACUUGUAGAAAGCUUUGUUUGUGUUUUGCACAUUAUGGCAAUAUUGACAGAUUUUAUGGUGUUGGCUCAAAGUAGUACUCAAACGGAUGAAAAAAGGUGAUCACAGCCACACUUUAUGUAAAUAGUCAAAAGUGUAAAGGUUUCUGAAGUCUGUGCAUGUACACUUAAAGAUUUGGUAGGUACCCCUAAACCACCAAACCUUUUUCAAGUUAUAGUUUGAAUUAGUAUACAGUGGAACCUUACUAUUGCGGCUGUUAGGAAUCAGUUCACAAUCACUUGUAAAUUAGAACACGUUUCAGUGCAUAUUCAACACACUAUCAUUUGAUGCACUAUGUACAAUUUUGAUGUUACUCAUACACCCAGCUGGGACCAGUUGAAUAAAGAUCAGUUUUCUUGGCUUUUGACAUAAAAUCAUGUUGGUAAAGACAUACUAGUUUGUUCUUAUUUCUAACGCAAUUAAUUUCAAGUUUAGCCAUUGAUCUUUAGGCCACUGGCCCUACAAGGAAGCUUCUCAACAAACUGUGGAGCAUGUUGUAACUAUGACACAGUGAAGUUGGGCAUUAGACAUGUUAGACAACUAUCAGGCAGAGAGUAAAUAAAUGGAUGAAUGAGUGGAUGCAACUUGAUUUGUCAAAAUAAUUUAGGGUUUUCAGUGCCAACUGUUAUGUGUGUCAAUGGCUGAUGAAUCAACCAAGGUCAGAUGCUCCACCUCUUGUUGGAAAACUUACAUAUUUGGGUGGAAAGCAAUGGAAUCCUUAAGAACCCGGUGAAGCACUAUACAUGGUUUCCAUGCUUGUAUAAAGAAUGUUUUGUUCUUAAUCAUAUCAUAUGUUUGUGUUGACUACAGUUCGACAAUGAUUUUGGUUACUCCUGGGACGAGCAAGUAAUCCAAUGUGAUAGACAAUUCAAGAACCACAAUGUCUGGACUGGGCACCACCCUAUUGGAACAGUACACUAGUAUUCACGACUUAUUGAAGGAGAAUGUAUCAUUCCCCUAUUGGAGGAGUGAUUUCCAUGCCCUGAUGCGUGAUAUGAAUAAAGACUAGCAAAUGCUUUUACUUCAGUUUUGUACAGAACAGCCUAGUGUAAAUGUACAUGGAGAUUUAGAUAAAAGCAUUUGCUAGUGUUUAUUCAUAUCACCCAUUGAAUGAGUAUGUGCCAUGAUAUAACUAGAAUAUAUUGCGAAAUAAAAACUAUGCUGCACACGAGUGCUUUUGCUGCAAACUUGAAAGAAAAUAUUGAGAGUGCCCCAACUGUUAUGAAAUUGAUGUAAGUCCAUCCCAGAGUAACUUUUGAUCAAAGAUUCACUAUGCUAUCAAUAACAUAGUCUUUGUUGUUUAGUGUUGAUUGGUAUUUUGUAAGUAAAAUUACGCGUUUUCAAUAGUUAUGUAAUACUAAGUAUCAUAAUGAUGUGUAAUAUGCGUUUUACCAAAUAAUGUAGACCAAGACAGGAGACGGUGUGGCCUCGAAGGGGUAUUGCCCUCCUGUUGAUGGUAGCAUUAUCUUUACAAAACAUUAGCACGCCCAUGUGGAAGGUUGCGAUGACUCCUGACCAACAUCAGAGUAAUGCUGUUAGCCCCAGCUUUAUGCAAAAAAGUCAAAAUAUAUCGCUGCUAUUUUCGGCUUCCGAAUAUGCAUAAAAUUGGUAUAUUACUUGAAAAAUAUUCGUUUGGCUUAACAGAAAGAAAGAUGGUUCAACACAAAUGUUUAAGUCAAAGGUGAACUUGGUCAGGAAAAAGACCAAAAUAAUUUGAUUUUUGGUUUGAUGAGGCAAAAGAAGGUAACUGUAAUGGUUUGGAAGCACAUUGCACACGGAUGGGGACAAAUACAAAUAUAUGACUGUGAUUUUAAACUACUUCAGUGGAAAAGUUCAUUUUUGUAGCAUGGCAUGUUGAGAGGGGCGUGGUUUGUUAUUAUUUCUGUAUUAGUUGUGUUUUGGUAAGGGUUGUACACAAGGUUUUAUGAGUGUCCAAUAUUUCUGUAUGGCAUUGAGAACUAGAAGUAAGCUGGGAAAACCCAUUCCUGCAAAUCAAAUUAUGAGAUAAAAAUUGACGGUUAUGAGGUCACUACAAAUGCAUUAUAAAAUAUGAACAAAUUAAAAAAUGUGUGAUAGUGUUUUAUUUAUGCAGCAUGACAACAUCGACUGUGCCAUUGACUACAUACAUUAGUAUUGAAUGACAGUCUUUUUUGCAUAUGCGCACACAAGUUGUUGUCUUGGUUCUAGCAGAUGCAUGCAUACAUAUUGUGUGUACGGACUAAAUGAACCCCUUAUGUACUGACGAUGUCUAGUCUAAAAGUACUGUCCACAUGUGUUGCAUGACUUCAGGUCGGCAAGCAGUCAGAAGGGUCCCUUAAUAUGUUGAGCCAUUUUGGCACAUUGAUAUUGCUCUUGGGUUUUGGCAAAUAAUGAUUUGACUACAAUCAAUGCAAACAACCGCAUUUUUUACACAUUAGGGACUAAGGUUCAGCAGUGCUCGGUCUGAUAAUUUUGCAUAUUCUGCAUGUACGUACGUUACAUAGAGCACCCUGUCAUGAACAGUAUCAGCAGUGGGAACAGGUUGUUGCUUAUUCAACUGUCUAUACAUCUGGUAAAGAGGAUAAGAAUUUGGAUUCAGGAAUGGCUUCUCUCAGAUGUUUCAAAACUAUACUUAUACUAACUAGCUCAACUCAAGCUUGCGCUAUUUGAGCUGUAGUUUAGAAACAAGAAAUGUUAUAUUUGUUCAUCAUUAUACAGUUGUUUGUGUGGUUUAAUACCAGCCAUGGAAUCUUAUUUGUGAAGUUAUUUGAAAGUGAAUUCAGGGAACAUCAUCGGUCAUGAGUGACAUGUGAAUUCAGGGAAUAAGAAGAUUGGGGCAUAACAGUGAAAUCAAUUGGCAAAAGAACCUUGAAUACAGGUUGUCAAAGAAAAAUAGUUCUUGUGGAGAUAGGUGACACGUAAUCUGUUAUUUUGAGUACAAUUCAAGUGAUACAAGACUCGGAGUCAUAAGUUUCAGAAGUUGUUGCCCGUAAGGUAUUUAGCAACAGGCUAAUUUUCCAGGUGUUUGGACAACCUUUUCAGCCCUGUCCCAUUCCCCGGUCAGUGUUUGUAUAUGAAAUGAAAUCAAUCCGCUGUUUUCGUUGUGAUGUUGGUGUUUAUCUUGCAAUGUUUACUACCUCCAUCCAGGGAGAUAACUCCCUGCUCCAUCUCGAGAGUAGAGUAUUAACCUGAGCCUGUUGUAGCUACCCUCUACUUUUUAAGAACACUAUUUGAAGCCUCAUUGUAUUCGUUCGUGAUUCAUACUAUGCUUACGUUUGUUGCCAUUCAAAUAUAUGCAGUUAUGCAUGUAAACAUGUACAUGAUCAGCAGUAAGCUUAUGCUGGAUGGUAAUUUUAUGGUACAUGUUUUUUACCUGUAUAAUUUCUGUCAUAUACGGUUGUGAGAAAGUUGGGUUGAACGAUAUACAGUAAAAUGGAGCUUUAACUGAUACACUAAAAAUUGAUAAAGACUAGUGAAUUGCGCUUCAGUGAAAGAGUGCUUUGUUUGUGAUGCAUCACAAGCACAUUAUCUUGAAGCUCUUUCAAAGUGCAGAAUGUUAAUUUUGGUGACCAGGUUGAGGACUUGAAUAUGGUACAGUAAGGUCAUUGGUUGAGUUGAUAGAAGUGUAAUAUGUGACCGUCUCUUAAAAUUGCAUUUAAAACUAAUUAUUUACUGUUUCUUUAAAAGUAAUAAAAAGCCUUACCAGUUUGUAUAUUUGUGGUGAAAUGCAAUGUAUCUAGAUCGAUGGGAGGCUAUAUCCUAUCGAAAUCAGCAAUUCUUCUGGCCAUUUUUUUUCAGGUUGUGCAGAAAAUAUACUCAUAUAGCCAAGCUGUUUUUGAAGGAGAAACACUGGCUACCCUUUGGCUUUAACAGUUUUGUUGGUUUUCAUGAUUUACAUCAUUUAAACUGAGUUCUGGGUUGGUGGGGCAGAUAUCUAUAUAAGAUUAUAUCAGAAUUUUCGUUAAACGCAAAUAAAGUGGAAAAUGCAGGUUUUGGGAACAAACUCUGGAAUAUUUUUUGGUUUUCAGCAGAAUCUAAUUGGGCCCGUAGAUAUUUUUUCAAAUAGUUUAUUACUGACAUUUGGUAUUACUCAACUACUGUGUCAUUUCAGUUACACGAGCGACGAUUCCCUUAGGAGCAGAUCACUUUCUGGUUUGGACAUGCACUAAUUGAAUAGUCUUCGUAUAAGUACGAUGUAUCCAAAUGAAUAAUAUCUGAGCUUGUUUUACUAAAUGGACACUGUUAUUUCCUUGUUUAACCGUAAUUUGAUCAUCAUGGCUUUCUAAGUCUUGUUGUCAUCAUAAAGUCAGUGGCAUCUCACAUACUGUAAAUUAAGAAAAGAAUAAGAAAAUA